AUGGCAGUAAUGACGUUCGGAGCGGCCUGCUCACCAUGUUCGGCGGACUACGUGAAGACCGUGAAUGCCUUGCGGUAUAGCAGCACGGACCCGCGAGCAGCCCUGGCCAUCAACGAAUACCACUACGUGGAUGACUACGUCGACAGUUUCUCCAGCGAGGACGAAGCUAUCGCCAUCUCGACACGGGUGAGAGAAAUUCACGCUGAAGCAGGUUUUGAUUUGUGCCGAUUUACCUCCAGUUCGGCAAGUGUGGUCAGAGCGCUGAACCCACUUGAGUCCAUCGCCAGCGUCGGAUGGACCGAAGCUGAGGAGAAGGUGCUUGGGAUGUACUGGCAGCCGGCUACCGAUGAGUUCAAGUUCGGCGUCAAGUACCAUCGAGUCCCGAGGAACGUGAUGACGGGGGAACGAGUCCCUACCAAGAGGGAGUUCCUAAGCUUGGUGAUGUCUACGUUUGACCCGAUUGGGUUCCUGAGCUGCUACAUGGUGACUGCCAAACUGCUGCUGAGGGAGAUUUGGCGGAGAGGAGUCAACUGGGACGAGCCGCUACCGGAUGAAUUGGCCGCAGCCUUCGAGGAUUGGCGGCAAGGGAUGAGUCGGAUCCAGGAGUUCCGAUGCCCGCGCCACUACUUUGGCGGCGGACGAGUGCGGACGCUACAGCUGCACAUCUUCGUGGACUCCAGUCAAUCGGCGUUCGCAGCAGCGGCCUACUGGCGGGCCACGUACGAGAACGGAGACGUGCAGGCGCACUUCAUAAGCUCCAAAACGAAAUGCGCCCCGAUGAGGACCAUGUCGAUCCCGCGACUGGAACUCCAAGCAGCGGUAUUGGGCACGAGAUUGAUGGACACCGUCAAGCAGGAGCACGGUGUGGCGAUCAGCAACUGUGCGCUAUGGACGGACUCCAAGACUGUGUUGCACUGGAUAAGCAACACCCACCGGAGAUACAAACAGUUUGUCGGAAACCGGGUGGCGGAGAUUUUGGAAUCGACAGAGGCGUCCCAGUGGAGAUGGAUCCCGUCCGCCGAAAACGUGCCGGAUGACGCGACAAGGCCGCGCAAGGCCGUGGACCUGAGCAUCGGUUCGCGAUGGCUAAGCGGACCGCCGUUUCUACGAGGACCAGAGGAGAGCUGGCCGAGAUCGAGCGAGGACUGGAUUCCUCCGACGACCGACGACGAGGAAAUGAAAUGUGAGUUUGCCUUGGUCACGGUAAACUUUAUAUCCCUGCAGAGGUUCUCCAGCUAUAAUCGACUGGUGAGGACGACUGCGUGGGCGCUCAGAUUUGUUCGACGAUGCCGUGGAAUACGUCGCGAUGAAGAGGUCUACGGAUUGACCGCGAUGGAGUGCGCUGAAGCAGAGCGCGCAUUGAUACGGCAGUCGCAGCGAGUCCCCAUACCUUGACGAGGACGGAGUAUUGAGAGCCAGUGGAAGGAUCGA